UCUGCCGCGAGCCUGCAAGCGUGCUCUCCGGGGAAGACGACGUUCUGCUGCACGCGAGAGGGGACCGAGGAGCCGAAGCGCAGGGAGCCCGGGAGGAAGCCACGACGGCGGCCGACCGAGGCCCUCGCCGUGGGAAGCGACUGGAGGGCCAUGGAUAGCGGCGGCGGCUACCCCGUCGAUCCGGCCCAGCAGCAGCUGCAGGUGCCGGGCGCCGCCGUGGCGCCAGCCGCCACCGUACCACCGCCGGUGGUGGUGCCUCCGCCACCCGUGGUGGUGGUGUCGGCGGCCAGCGGGAAGCCGCCGGCUCCCGCGCCGCCCGUCAUGAUGGCACCGGCACCGCCGCCGCCGCCCGUGGUGCCCGUCCACCACCCGGCCAUGGGACCGCACCUGGUGCAGGACCAGGCGCGAUACUCGAACCCGCCGGGGCACCGCUGGAUGUCGCAGACCACGUCGGCCGCCACCGUGUCGGAAGGGCUGGACAUCUGUGCCUACAUACUCACAACAAUCUCGAUACUCAUCAUCAUCGCCACGUUUCCUGUAUCACUCAUUUUUUGUAUCAAGGUAGUUCAAGAAUACGAGCGUGCCGUCAUCUUCCGCCUCGGUCGAUUGCUUCGCGGAGGAGCCAAAGGCCCAGGCAUCUUUUUCAUCAUACCCUGUAUCGACACCUAUUGCAAGGUGGACUUGAGGACAGUAUCAUUCGAUGUUCCUCCACAGGAGGGCCAGGCGGACGCCUUCCGGUCGGAGGGGACUCCGGCGUACCUGUCCGCCUACGUGCCGUCCAAGACGAAGCCCCCACCGCCGCUCGCGGAGGACGUGUUCUACGGGACGCCGCCGCUCAAAUACACCUACGCUUGGAUUCUAUCCAAGGACUCGGUGACAGUAGCGGUGGAUGCCGUGGUAUACUACCGCAUCAGUAACGCCACCAUCGCCGUUUCCAACGUGGAGGACUACGGACAUUCGACCCGACUCCUUGCUGCGACCACGCUCCGGAACGUGCUCGGCACCAAGAAUCUGUCGGAGAUCCUUUCCGAGAGGGAGUCUAUUUCCCACGUUAUGCAGGCAAGCUUAGACGAAGCCACUGACCCCUGGGGUGUAAAAGUGGAAAGAGUUGAAAUUAAAGACGUACGACUGCCAGUGCAACUACAGAGAGCUAUGGCCGCUGAAGCAGAAGCAGCACGAGAAGCUCGAGCCAAAGUUAUUGCGGCCGAGGGAGAACAGCGAGCCUCACGGUCCCUGAAAGAAGCCGCCGAGGUGAUAGCGGACACGCCGUCAGCUCUCCAGCUGCGGUACCUACAGACCUUGGCCUCCAUCGCAGCGGAGAAGAAUUCCACCAUCGUGUUCCCCAUCCCCAUGGAGCUCUUUUCGGGCUUCAUCAACAGCGCGAGCAGUCACGGCCACGGCGGCGGCGGAGGAGGAGCCGACGUCAAGAAAGACCUCGAGGCCUCCGCGUAGCAGAGGGCCCGCCAGUCCCGUUCCAACAGCCUGUUCUGGAGCGGGACGGGCCAGAGGCGGCUCUCGCUUAUCCUGCCUCCGCCGCUGCGCCUGAGCGUACCCGGCAAAUAAGAGAGCGUACCCGCGUCCGUGGUCUCGCGCCAGCAGUGCGUGCAACAUCGUGGCUGAACGACACGGGAGAGAGGGCGAGAGCUGGGGCGGCGCACGUCCCUCCUUCACUUCCGAGGAAACGGCGUGUGAACUACGUAAGAGGGCAGGAAGGGAGCAGUCCGGGCUCUUCUUCCUGCACUGCCGCCCCAGCGAAAGGAAAACCGCCUCUUUCCCCUACCUGCAACAGAGUGUGUGUAGCGUCCUUUGAAGCGCCCUGGAAAAAAAAGAGAAAUAUGUCUUUUGUUUAUUUUACGAUGGCGUGUGAAGACAGGUUAGUAGGUGACAUGGCUGCUAUGGCUGCGUUUGUUGCGAGCUGUGCGCGCAGAAAGGCCCGACGUGUAAGCACUGCCGGCCUUUCUGCGUGAGCACGUUUUCCGCUGUGUGAUCGUCUUGUUCGUUGUCACCGUGCGGACAAGUUCCGGUGCUGCACUGAAUGCGUGCGAAAAGCAGCUCAAUGUUCUACGUGUUGGGUGAUGCCGGCCUUCGCGUUUCCCCCAGCCAUAUUAAUGACUGGCAAUAACGUGCACAAUCUGGAGUUAUGCUGACGUACGUCAUAGCUGAGGGUUAUCGCUGUGUAACCUAGUUCAAACAUUUAUUUUUUGCUGCAGCUUGGUACGUUAGGUCGGCCUUGGGAUGUGCACACCCCGUAUACCCGUGGUUCCAAAUGGGCACUCGUUGGGUGCACUUCUUUUCCCAUAGCUGCUGUGCCAUGAGAGAAUUGAGGGCGCUUCGAAGGACGCACAGUUCUGAAAGCUUUACAUCCGUCUGUCACAAGCGUCCGCUGACGGCGCUUAAAAGCCACUUGCGAGGCGGGCGUAUGCAAGGGCGUAGAACCUUACGGCGACGCAGCUUGCUGUGAAACCGUCUUAAUCGCUGAGUGGCCCUCACACUCUGAAGAAGCCGCGCAUGCCAAGGAAGGCGAAAUCCACGAUGAGGCACAGGCCAAACACAGGACAGCGGUACGCGGAACAUAGAGGCGAACAGAGCAGGCACAUGGACCAGAGAGACACACUCUGCGACUAACGCUAUGCAGGAAUGGACACGCGUCCACUGCAAGGCAGGCUAAGUCGGAAAUAAAACCGAGGUAAAAAAGAGAUACAGAUAUAUAUAUAUUGUACGUUCGGAGAGAUGAGCACACAAUUCCAGCAGUAUUGCCUUACUUCAUUUACCAAUUUAUUUCAUUUACGAUAUGUAACCUAACGUGCUCCAUUUGGCUCAGAAGGUGGAGAAAACAUCUGAAGGCGUACUGCUUCGCAAUAUCUUAUCUUUUCAGAGACACCAGUUUCUGAUAAGCUUUAGUUGCAUCUUGUUGCAUGAUGUGUUGCUUGCAAACGUUUUCUAUUUGUUUGUCUAUAACAAGGCGCACUUUCAAGAGGCAUAUCGAAAAGUUGGUACCCUGGAAUGGGCCACCUAAAUGUGAGGCUACUUAAAGCAUCCCCAAACUUCACCGUGGGAACGUAUUCAACCAGAAAUUCAAGUUGGCUACUUGAGACAAACAAUUCAUUGGUACAUUUAAUUCGUGGCAUGCUUGUGCGACUACAGACACGCUACAAGAUUGCCGCAUUCGCUUUAUUAGCUCACAGUCGAAUGGCAGCCUGAUUGUAAAUUAUGAUUGUGCGCCAUGCCUGUGUCGGCGCCUGGAAUUGCGUACGACACAAGCAAGUUGUCUUUUCUUGAUGUGAAGCGACACUAGUUUGUCGGAACAAAACGAGGGCAAAAUACGAUCUUCAAGCGCAUAAUUCAUAACUGGUUGUGAGAAAGUGGCGAAAAGAAACAUGUUGCUUUCGCGCAAGUAUCUUUCGCUUCCCGUGCCAUGCAUUGCGUUUUCCCGACAAAAUUUUGGAAGGGAAGACGCGAGAGCAGCGCGUGCACCCCGUGAAGUCCAGCCAUUUACUUUGGUAUGGCGUUGAUCAUUCAAUGUCUCUUUAACGUUCAUUACCCUAAUCACUGCCUCUUUGAAACUUUUAGCUUCCACAAAGGAAAGAGUCGAAUGCACACUGCAGAAAAAGAAAGCGAAGCUGACUGUUAAACUUCUCUUUUAAUAUCCCACUUUAUUUGUAGCUGUCGGAAGUGGAUCCUUGGCAGCCCGAUUGACAGACUUUGUAACCUAGCGGCGUGUCUGUCGAUUACCUAUACCGCGCAUGCUCAGUUACCCACUCUGAGGGACAUCUCUGCUAGACCAUGCAAAUGGGCCAUACGUUAUUCUCAUAUGCUUUCGUUAUUUUACCUUCCACGGCAAUACUAUUGAAGCUUCAAGACAGAAGAAAACAAAACAUCACAAAUGCAUGUAAUAGAGAGUGAAUCGUCCGAAAGAACCGGGUCACCUUAACUAAUUCUUUCAGUACGGUCAGCUGCGUGGUAUUCGUUUUCUAUCACAAGUUCAUCGCGGGUAAUUAUCGUUCCAGUAUACCGGAGCCCUUGUUCGCGCCAAGGCUUCGUAUAGCGUUGCAAUUUGAGUCUUUCGGGUAGUGUCUAAUCUUCUAGGCUUGCCCAGCUAGAUUUUCUAAAUGCGCGAGAGAAAACAUAACGAGGGCCUUCAAGUGUCCUACCCAGCAGAAAAUAGUCAUGUCUGCUUACUUAAUGAUAGCGUACAAUACAGUGUAGAAGAGCGCAGUUGUAAGCAGGGAUAACAAAUCAUCUAUCUCUGUGUGCAUAGCGGCAUUUCCUUUUGAAAUUCAUAAUAAUGCAAAACAUUCACGUGGGUUGUGCAACCAGCAGGAAUAUAUACAUAUAUAGAUGCGAUAUUACUUUCAGAGAAAGUCAUAUCUCUAGCUGCGACUUUCUUUUUUUUCUGUUAUUACUUUCAUGUUCUCUUUACCCAGAUGGUGAUCCGGGAACACUACGCGCGAAACGAUACAAUUUUGUCGGCAAACAGCGCUCUUCGCGACGUGGUACCGCGUGCAAGUUGCGCAGCCAUGGAACGAAAAUCACGAACAUCUCUUUUUUCGCAACUACGAAAAAUGUGCUCUGUACUAUCAGUCGUCAACAUAAAUUCUACGAUCAUUCGUGGGCUUUUUUUUUUAUUUCUUUUACUUCGACGUGUUGUGACGCCACUCCUCAUCACUCUUUACUUGAGCGGUAAAAUAAUCAGGAGACAGACUCGCUUCCAACGCAUUCAUCGCAUUGUCCGAGACCAAUGCCUGACUGCCCUCAGCAGCAUAGAGUUUGGUUCGCAUGGCGUUUCAUCCGCAGACGCGGCAAUUCGAACGUCUCGCGCCUGCGCUUUACCCUUUGGACCGUGUCAGGCCCCCUUCGUUAUACACACUUCGUCAUUCAAACACUCUGGGCUUUGCAGGGCCAACGCGCCUGAAGCCUAAUUGCCUUCGUCGAGGAACCAAAAACGCACGCGACUUCCAGGUUGGCGUGCGUCUCGAUUUGGGCGAGAAAUGGCGAGGCGUUCCAAGCCGAACCUGCGAAGGCCCGCAGGGCGGACAUCCUUUCUCCUCGCGGCACAUUAAGUUCUGCUGCACUAGACUCCAGUAACUCGCACUAUACCACUAUCGUCCAUCCAAUUUCUUGUUAUCUCUUGUAUCAUAUAGGCUUUGUGAAGAGAGAUACACCUCCAUAGUGACGCAGAGUUAAGCAUCAUAGAUAUAACUACGACAUUCAUAUGAGAUAUUAUAACUACGGUAUAUAAAUAUAUAUAAUAUAAAUAAUUGAGUGUUCUCUGCUGGGAAAAUAAACCGGUGUGAAAUUAUGGGCUCCGUCUAGAGGUAGCAAGGGAGUCGUCUAUAUUUCAGUUCAAACA